GUGUUUGAAAAUGUGGGACCCAGGUCUCCUGGCCAAGAAAACUGGAUGGCAAAACUGGACAAUAAUAAGUUAGUUUCUGACAUCACUAUUCCUGGUACCCAUGACACCAUGGCCCUCUAUGGAGGAUCAAUGGCAAAAUGCCAGUCAUGGUCACUAGAAAACCAGCUGAAGGCUGGUAUACGCUACUUGGACCUCAGAGUGUCUGGCUUUAAAUUAAAAAUUAUGCAUGGAAUUGUUUACCAACGUACAUCAUUGUCAGAAGUUCUCACCACAAUCAGGAAGUUUUUAGAAAAAUCAAAAAAUGAGUUUGUGCUUGUCAGAAUUAAGCCAGUUUUUCCUUCCAAGGGAAGUGUUCAGAAUUUAGUUGAAAAUUUGAUUGGAAAUGAUAAUGUCUGGAAAGAGUCUAAAAUUCCAACGGUUGGUGAAGUAAGAGGAAAGAUUGUUUUAGUUCAGAAAAACAGAUUUAAGCUGGGUAUCAGUUUGUCUGAAACAGACAGUAAAGGUGAUUAUAAAGUAACUAAAAUUGAAAAAAAGAAGAACAAGAUUAUAAAGCAUCUGGAAGAAGCUGAUAAACAAUGUAAAUCUGAAAUUAAAGAAAAAAUGAGUCUGGUCUAUUCAAGUGGCACAAGCUUAGGUACAUAUAAGGGUUUUUGUUUAUUGCCAAAUGCAGUGGCAGAGGAAAUCAAUCCUUGGUUAAAUGAACAUCUUAAAAAUCUAUCUAAUAAGAAUCCUAAGCCUUGUUUUGGGAUCAUAGCCAUGGACUUUCCAAAUUUUGACUUGAUUGAUAUGAUCAUCAAAUUCAAUACCUAAGAUUUUUCACUAUUUACUUUUCUCCCCAUGGGUUUAUCAAAAAAUGUAUGUUCUUGUUGCUUCAAUCUGAGUAAUUUAGAAUUUUAAACAAAUGCUUUACAAAU